AUGCCAUCCCAUCUCUCACCGGUGCUGUUCGAUUCAUCAGCUGCUCGUAUUAGCAUCUUUCAAAUCUCAAAUUCACUAGGCACCGAAUUGUUGGAUGACUACAUCGGACUCGUAGCAAAUCAGAAGCUUCGAACUGAAUUAUUCGUCUUGUCGUUUUUGCUCAAAGAUCGAGUUUAUCCUGCUGAUCUUUGGGAACUGGUUGGGGAGCGCAGUAUAGAAGCAAAGCAGGAGGAAACAUUGCGAUCGCACCAGAGCUCCUGUACUGGUGGAGAUGACGGAAGUCAUACAAUUGUGGAACGACUUAUCAUAGAAGAGAGGAUGAAGCGGUGUCAGAUAGAGGUGUCUUUGUACAGCCAGGCUAUCGAGCGCCUCGAGCAAUACCGGCCGCCAUUAACACGUAUCAACGAUGCGGCCAAGCCUACACAAGAGAUGUGUGAAGCUUGGUUAACAAGGAACGAAGCUCACCUCAUCCCAGCAGCAGAAUCUUUCAUUGAAAAUUUCUCACCUUCGGAUGGCUCUACUGCAUCAGUACUGGAUCAGUUAACCACCGCACAGGAAGAAAAAUCAAAAUAUGCCAUUUUGAACCAAAUCACCCCCUCGUUACCCCUGUUGAGCACGUGGGUCACCGCUAGAGCUCAAGAAGCCUUAUAUAAGGCGUUCAAAAUAGAACUGGCCAGUCAGGCGGAUUUAAUUGCAAAGUCCCUUGCCAACAAGCGUGACAGCGCCUAUAUGCGCCCUCUUGAGCGCGAUUUGUUCACCUUGCAAGCAAAGAUGCACCGAGCGGAGGCCGAGAUAGAACUGUAUACGCUUGCGAUUGAAAAUACCCAUGAAUUCAACUUUUCUGACAACAGUUCAUCAACGUCCUCUGAUCAAAGUAUUCCUCUGCCUCUGCCCGAGGAAGUAUACCGUCAUCAGGAUGACGUCGACGAUGACACGGACGAGGACUACCAAUUUUGGUGA